AUGCUCACAGAGAAAUUAGGCGGGUGUUUGGCUGCGUCUGUACGGCGCCACAGUACUAGAAAACGUAAAACGUACAUAGAACUGGCCAGACUCCAAAUCCGGCACUUGGUCUUCCCCGGAGUCGAUGCGGAGUUUGGAAGAUUCGGAGUUUGGAGUGUGGGGACGGGAUUAGAGAUGGAACCCACAGUAGCCACUACGGAUCUGGACGACGGCAAUUGUGCUUCUCCCUGCCACGCACGUCAACCCGUCUUUGUUCCCGAUAUCGUCUUCGCAAUGACGCCGGACAUAACCACACCCCAUCCACCUGGUCCAAGCGGGGGACGAAGCAUACAUCGCAAGCGGGCGGUGCAUGCUUGCCUGCCUUGCAGGCGGAGAAAAGUGCGGAGCCAAAGAGGCUCGAGAAAACGACUGCACCCGUCAUCUUCUCGCCUUCCAUCGCCGGAAGUACAUCAACCCUCUCCAGAUCAGCUCACAAAUAGACACAACUUACCUGCCGAAACUACUCCUUCGACCACUGGUGUCGAUAAUGAUACUAGGUUGACAGGGCCAGAUGGUCCGUCUGUGCUGGAUAGCUGCAUGCCUGAAUUGGGAGAUGCGCUAGAUACUGCAGGCACCGUUAAUGGCCACGUGAGCGACCACGAAAUCAAGGUCGAUCAUUCGAUUGGCAUAUCACUGGAUAAUCUUUCAUGUUCAGACUAUAAAGGAACUGAGAUGACACCUCCAAAAGACGCAGAAGCUCCUAGAGAAAUGUCAACUACCGGUUGUGAAGCGAGCACCGGCAGCACUAAGACGGUUCGGCGGGGGUCUCGUUGGACUCAGGCGAAUGCCACAGUGCUUUACUCCCACUUCCCAUAUCUGACUCUCGGCAACGUCCACAAUAUUCCUCACCAAGAUGUUAGCUACCUGGAGUCCCAAGGAUGCUUCCACGUCCCGACUCGUCCGGGACUAGACGACUUGGUAGAACAGUAUUUCGCACAUUUCCACGGCCUACUGCCUUUACUGAACGAAGGAGACUUCUGGGAUAUGUACUGUCAGAAACAAAAAGACAACAUAACUUCUCAGGAUAAGAUGGCAUUGUUGGUCUUUCAGGCCAUGUUGUUUGCCUCCUGUAGUAAAAACAAAGGCAAACGCUCUUACCGUGCGGAAAAGACGGAAACUAGCCCACUUUCACUGGCUCAAUCGGCACUUCUGAUGGGCUGGAUACCAUCAUUCGAAACGACCUUGAGUCCUCACAAGACUUGGUUGGGCCUCGCCAUUCAGCAUGCGGAAAGUAUCAACGCAGAUCUUCACACGAGAAUAUUAGUUUAUUAUGCUUAG